AUGCGACGCCAUGGGCCGAGGAUAUUGUGCCGCUUACGUUCGUUGUUGUCGCUUCGCCGCGAUAAAAAAAAGGCACAACACAACACGGAUGACAAUUGGCGGCAUUUGUCACCCGUGUUUCCUCCAUUGCCUGUACAAGCGGAGGAUGAAGAAGAGGAUGAAGAUUUUGAGUUUGAUCUCUUUCCACAAUUCUCGCACAUUACUUUGGUGGAUCGAGCACGCCACCAGCUCUAUACCAUACCCGAGGAAGAGUCUCUCGAGCAUAACCAACAUCAUCAAUACCAUCAUAACAGCAUUAAUAGUACAAGCACUAAUAACAUACCAUCAUCACCCAUGUCAUCACCACGAGCAUCUUCUUUAUCAAUAUGUACAUCCGGUUCAUCUUCAUCUCUUUUGGUUUAUCGAUCACCGCUUGCAUGGAUCAAAAACACAACACCUGACGACCAAUACGACGACCAAUUCAUAGGUGAUGAAUUUCAUUGCAAACAAAAACUAGCUUCCUUGAUACAAGCGGCAACAGUGCAUGAAAAAGAAGAUGACUUUGGGGAUGUCGAGUUGUUUUUUGACAGCGACGAUACCUUACGAGUUAUUUGCAUCACACGUAAAAAUCGACAGACGGAAUGUUGGCGAUUUAGAGGCAAUCCACAGUACAUCCCACCAGAAAUGGCAUCAGGCUUAUACGUAGAGCCAUUGGCGGAUGUUUGGAUCAUGGGGAUACAUUUGUAUCGGAUGCUUGUCGGCAAGUAUCCGUUUGUGGCACCCAACCAUCGCAAGCUCUUUGGCAAAAUGAUGCAUUGCGAUUUUAGUAUCCCGCAUCAGAUAUCGGAAGAUGCAAAAGAUCUUUUAAGACGCAUGCUUGCUCCUCGUCAAACGCGUGCAUCUUUGGAUCUUGUAUUGUUCCAUCCAUGGCUGAAACCAAUCCUUUUUCCUGGUGCAUCAUCCUCCUACUUGAAUCAUGAUUCUUGGUUCCGAUCACAGCAAGCUUCAUCAAUACCGCCACCAUCAUCAUUACCAUUGCCAUCAUCCACUACUCGGUAUAGGAGAAAGAAAAGAACCAAUUGUCACCGGCACCUUGUUCGUAUACUAUUACGGAUGCUACGAGUGUUGGCUCGAGGCCCCUAUCCACCACCCAAAAAGCCGUAUCGUGAGCUGGGUCUCCUAGGCUUGAAAUCAUAA